AUGGCGGACGAGGAAGACGUAAUUUUUGACAAUUCUCCGCUGUAUAGACAUUUAUCUGAAGUUGGAUUUACAGAUUUUCAUGUAGAAACGUUAAAUAACUAUGAAGAACGUCCAGGCUUGAUCGUCAACGAGCACCUAAGACAAAAUAAUAGCGAAAAUCUCGGCAACAGAAAUUUGAAGGAUUGGGCCAUAAAUUCGGCCAAGGGAUUCAUCUUAGGUUAUUUUCUGCCUUCCACUGUGUCAGAAGAGAUAUCAUGCUACAGUUCUUGUGUAGCUAUGAUAAAGUCCUCCGGUUUGUUAGCAGACGAUGAUUUGGAACUCUUGUACAGAUAUGAACACUGUACAAAUACCGAAUUUGACACUGCCAAUAUUGUCUCUGCAGAAUGCAAGAUUAAUGAAGAAAACAAUAAAUUUACCAAAACUAAUAACUCCGUUUUUACAAGCAGGCUCAUGAUUGGAAUUAUAUUGCUAACUGCUAUAAUUCUGGGCUUACUUUUGAAUACCAACUCUGCUAACCUGAAAAUUAUUUCAUACAUUUUUCUAUCGAUUCUAUUUGUGUGUCUACUUCAACAGUUGUACUUUUUACAGGCAAAGAACAAAAUCUAUAUCCUUAAGAAAAACAUGGCCUUACUUCUUGAUUAUAUCAAGUUUACAGAAAAACUUCUUGUCUUAAUACGAAAGAUAAUCUUGUUUAUUCAAGAAAAGGAGCUUAUUACUCGCGGUCACAUAAUAGUCAAUCCAGCAGCUCCUGUCACGAGGUUAGAGUCCCAAAUUAAACAAUGUAUGAUGCUAAGGAAAUGCUUGUUCCUUGAAAUGAACAAUUAUCUUGGCCUACUUCAUAACCAAAUUAAAGAUGUUUCAAAUUCAAGGUUUCUUAAUACUGAUUGUGGGGAUUUAAAUUGGCUUGCGAAAGAGCUUAGUAGAAUUGGGAACGAGUGUUCAACUGACAGUGAGAACAAUUCACAAGCAAAUGACUAUUCAUUGAUGACACUAAAGAAAGCCUUUGCUACACUAGGCUGCAAGCAAUCAUCGUUGCUAUGCUGUACAGCAGUAAAUUUGAUGUCAGUAAUAAUCAAUUUACAGCAGUCUGAGCGAAAACAAGAUGACUCGUGUCAGUUUUAUAGUUGCUUAGGGGAUUUAUUAGCUGAAGGUAAAAAAUGCUUUGACAAUCUCCGUGAAUGCUAUAAAUUUCAUAAAGUUGAUAUACCAGCUCAUAUCUUUGAUGAAAAGCAAAGACAUGUGCCGUCUGAUAACACUUUGUACUUGCCUUUCACGUUGGCUCUACGUAGCAUGACCCUUCAUUUGCAACAGGCUUGUAAAACGUCUGUUGAUAUUGAAGAAAAGUUAGAUAAGCUGAUUACAGAAUCUGAGUUCCCUGCGUGCGCAGAUUUAGAUGAAAUCAACAAGCAGAUAUCACUUAUUGGUCAAGAAAUAGAGAAGCUUAACGUGUGUUACGAGGAAAGUCAAAGUAAACUUCAAGAAAUUGCAUUUAGCUCGAGUGAAGAACAGAUGCCAGGAAAUAUUGUGGAAGAAGAACCAAAUGGAAGCUCAAUUGAACAAGAAGAUAAAGAUGUCCAAAUACUAAAAUUUGCAGAAGAAACGGAGCCUGUUCCCGAUCAGAUAUUUGAAGGAGAAACAACGUCUGAAUACGAUAAUGGAACACAUUAUUCGUCAAAUUUAGGAAGAGAAGAACUACUUAGAGAAGAAAAAAUGAGAGAGGAAAGUCGACAUCUUCUUAAGGAAUUGAAAUGUGUUUUAGCAACGAAAGAUGAAGAAAAAAUGGUCGCCAUUCCGAAGAUGUUAUUAAAGAAAUUUGGUGCAAUAAAGAUUGAUGGCAAUGUUGGAAACACAGUCCAGAGAGGAGUUGAGAGCAGCGACGUUGGUGCUUCCAAUAACGUAUCUAGUUCUGUUACAGAGUCAUCUCAGUCUGAGACAAAUAUGAAGAGUUGUGUGGAUAAAACAAGAACAUUGAAAUCAUGUGAUGAUGCUUCCACUGUUAAAGAGCAGGCUGCCAAUAUGAUACCAGUCGUGACAAAUCCUCCCAAGGACCCAGAGCAAUCGAUCCCUGGAUCUGAUAAUGCAGAUUGUGUAACAAAUGAAAACAGUGAUGUCGUUUAUAAUGCAUUGAAUGAAUGUAGUGUCAAUGAUCAUAUCGGACAUAUGAGUCAUGCCAAUCCAUUUGCGUCCAUGGUAGCAGCCGCGGCGGCAGCAAGAAAUAGACAGUUUGGUGUAAUAGAGCAGAGUUAUGAAAUUGAGGCUGAAACGUUUGGUGACGAGACUGAUACAGAUUGA